AUGAGUAGUGCCCUCCAAACAGUGCCCGUUCAACAGACGUCAGUAUCAGUCCUCCAUACGCCGCCCCUGGCUCCGGCACCGCAGUCCAAUCGACAGCACUCGUCCACCCUCUCAUCUCCGAUACGGGAAGGCCCCGGCUAUCAUGCAAAUCAGCAGCCCUCAGGAACAUCUCCAGCAUCAUCAUCUCGACACUAUUCUCGCGGACCCAGCGCCAGCAACGACUCGCAGCUCGUCGCAAAUUCCCCGAUGAGUUCCCGCGCUGCCGUCGCCUCGCCCGUGCCCGUGCCUGUAUCGUCGGCGGUAGACUCUCCCGACCAGCACAAUCCAACAAAACGAAACAUGCCUGCCGCGGUUCCUCCCCGGACGUCCAGCUCUCGACGCGCACAAACGGGGGAGCGCUCCACCGACUCGCCCCGCCGGACCCACGCCGAUUCGAAUCGCGAUGCGAACAGCAGGAUAGACGGAUCGGACGACGGUGCAGUGCAGAGCUCGCGCAACAGACGAGCGAAUCAAUCGUCACAAGAGCAACCGCAUCGUUCGAACGGUACCCGAGACGGACGGGCAAACCCUUCGACAACAAUGCCCAUCCGCUCACCGCCUUCCAACUCAACAUCGGCCAAUGGCCCAUCGAGGGAGGCAAGUGAAAUCCUCAACAGCAUCUUAAUAUCCCAACCAGAGGUCGACAUUGAACGAGAAAGAGAACGCCUUGCCCUGUCCAAGCCACAUCAGGAUGCAGACGCGCAAGACGAUGAUGCCGCGCCUCCCCCUGUAAUCGGUAUGGCGGACAUGGGGGAGGAAACUCGGCGUGGUGGAAAGAGCCGGCACGACCAUUCUAGACGCGAGAAGCAGACCAAGUUUGGCGAGUACAUCCUCGGCAACACCAUUGGCGAGGGAGAAUUCGGGAAAGUCAAACUGGGCUGGAAACAAGAAGGAGGCGUGCAGGUCGCCAUUAAACUCAUCAAGAAGGACCAGCUGGGCAACAAUCCCUCCCGCAUGGCCAAGAUUAUGCGCGAAGUCGCCAUCUUGAAGCAGUUGACCCACCCCAACAUUGUCAGGCUACACAAGAUGGAGGAAUCCGAGAGGCAUUACGGCAUUGUCCUCGAAUAUGCCUCGGGAGGUGAACUGUUUGAUUACAUCCUAAACCACCGAUACUUGAAGGACAAUGCUGCUCGCCGGUUAUUCGCCCAGCUAGUCUCCGGGGUUGGUUAUCUGCACAAAAAGGGGAUUGUGCAUCGCGAUCUCAAGUUGGAGAACCUGCUGCUCGACCGCAACCGUAACAUCAUCAUCACAGAUUUUGGCUUCGCCAACACGUUUGACCCCAACGAGGAAUUAACCGAGGAGGAGGAGAUGAACCUGACGGACCGCGAGUUCGUCAAGCGCAUGGGACUCGACAAGAUCAAGGCCAACGGCUCCCGCAAGGGUGAUCUGAUGCAGACCAGUUGCGGCAGCCCCUGCUACGCCGCUCCCGAGUUAGUAGUUAGUGACUCGCUAUACACCGGGAGGAAGGUGGACGUUUGGAGUUGUGGCGUUAUCCUGUACGCAAUGCUGGCUGGAUACCUGCCUUUUGACGAUGACCCGGCGAACCCCGAAGGAGACAAUAUAAAUCUCUUAUACAAGUACAUUGUCAACACCCCGCUCACCUUUCCCGAAUACGUUACGCCCCAUGCCCGCGACUUGCUCCGGAGAAUCCUCGUCCCCAACCCGCGCAAAAGGGCCGACCUGUUCGAGGUUGCCCGCCAUAGCUGGCUCAGUGAGUACGCUCACGUCGUCGAGUUCAUCACGUCAAGCACCACGAGUCCUAGGGACAUUCAGAACACCACAGUCCCCCCAGAAGAUGAGGGAGACACGCCAGGCCUUGCCAGGAGCGCCUCGGUGCGCGAGUCGUCAAAGAAGACGACUGCCUCUCCUCAGAUUGGUGGAUUGGUAAGCAAGCAAGGCACUAUCGAUGCCGAGGCAGAAGCUGCGUACGCCAAGCAGCAGAGGGACAACAAGCGCCGUACCGUGCAGGUGGAAUAUGUUGCGCCAACCACUGCAACCCAGCGCGGCGAGCCCGCAAACGCACAGCCGUCCGGUGGGCGGACGCGUGCUCGCUCAGGAAGUCAGGGAGCCGUAGAGGUCACCCAAGCGGGCUCGUCGUCUUCCCCCAGGGACAAGCCAUUACCAAAAGAACCCCCUGUUUCGAAGGAGACGUACGGCAGGACAGCGGUUGCGUCGAGAAGACCGCCGAGCUCUCACCGCAACGCUAGUUCAUCUGCCGCCGCCGCACGGGUCAGCCGUGAUACCCGGGCCGUAUCCGAUGGCACGCUCAUGGCGACAGGGCCGAGCUCUAGCGCCAGACCGACGACCGGGGGCUCGAUGCAGUCAACCAGCUCACGGGGCCCAGGGGCGGGCAAUCGGACUUCUUACAGCCAGCCAGUACCUCCAGAGCUUGCUGAUACAAAUGCGCACGGGAGGAUCCAGCAGCCGCCCAAGACGGCGAAUAGUUACGCCAUGUCCUCGUCCUUCACACAGGAGGGGCAAGGCUCCGAAUAUGGCCGACCAAGCAUCAGCGUUCCCCCGAAGUUUGCUAGAUUAUCGGGCUUUGCCCGGGAAGGCGAAGGGGUCUCUGCCAGUGUUAGCAGCACUCAAGGCUCAGAAGUCAAGGGCCACAAACGAUCGAGCACAAUGGGCGAGAUUAGCGGGAAGCUUUUUGGCCGAAGCGGGUCGCUGUUCGGAGGCAGGCGCAAGCGGACGGAGCAGCAACAGGGCGGGGAGAAGGCUAAGAGGUACCCGCCUGUAAGCAUGAACAACUCCAUGACAGCAGGCGAUGAACCCAGGACGUCGAUGGACUCGAAGCGCUCACGCAAGUCGUUUUCCAUGGGACUCGGCAAGAAGACGUCUGGCAGCAUAGCAGGGUCUCAGACCUCGCAGGAGAAGCAAGGAAGGCGCUUCUCUUUUAUUCCAGCAUCCUUCUCGCUCAAGGCAAUUGGAAUCGGCAAGGACGAGCCGCAGCCGCAGCUGGAUUCGCAACAAGACCUGCCUAUCCAAGAGCCGCCGACAGUCGACGAGUACGGGCGCUAUGUAAGCGAUAACGUCGACCGAGAACAUGUCGACGCAUCCACCUUGGAUGGCAUGUGGGCGCAGCUUCAUACACCGCAGCCUACGGCCGACCCUUAUGGACGUCAACCAUACUCCUCUGGCGGAUACGGGCGUCCUUCAGCCGUCGAGGGUUAUAUGCCGCAGACCAUGCUAAACACGGCUUCGGACGCUUCGGUAGAUCGCAUGCGCCGCCCGCAAGGUUCUGCGCCCCAGCUUCCGCCACUUGCCCACCAGGAUGCGGCGUACGAUUCGCCGCGGGUUGCUGGCGGCAUCAAACCUGGCCGCGGUGUACUGCAGAAGAACAAACGGUUCGUCGAUGCGUGGGAUACGGACGCGUAUGCGCGAACUCACGACCAUUCGGGAAGCAGCGGUCCGGCACGGAAGGUUAUGGAUUUCUUUAGGAGGAGAGGAAAAGCCAGGGGCGGCGAGACGGGCUGA